AUGGACUGCUACGAGCUGCGCUGGCAGCAGAUGAACUCGCGUCGGGAAUUUUCACCGUCGCGGAGGACGCGCUCACUGGAGCGUGGGAGAUCGCGGACGCGUUUGCCACGGAGGGCGGCGUACCGCACGGAUCUGGUGUUUGACGGACGUCAAGAAGGAGGCGAGGACGAUCUGCACGCAAGAUCGGAGCCCAGGCCUCAACCGUCCAGCAGCGGCCCUUGGAAUCGGGCGCGCGGCCAACAAGGAGAGGGUGGCAGGCGCCGCGACGACGCGGACAUGGUGGUCUCGUCGGAUUUGGCAAGUGAGGCCGAAGGCGAGGAAGAAGCAGACGAGAUCAUGAUGGCGCGGGAUGGUGAGAAGGACGAAGUCGCGAAAGAAGAGCGCGACGAAGGGAGCAAAGACGCGAGAGCAAGUGGCUCACCGAGAGGGAUGCGCGGAGGCAGCGCAAGGCGCCGCGGAAGCACGGAUGCAGGUCGCGCGGCAGACGAAAUGGGUGACGGCAGCGUAAGGCGCCAUGGAAGCGCGGAUGCAGGUCGCGCGGUGGACGAAAUGGGUGACGGCAGCGUAAGGCGCUGCGGGAGCACGGAUGCAGACGAUUCGACGGGCGAAAUGUGCGGGAAUGGCGCGAGGCGCCGCGCGAGCGCGGAUGCAGACUAUUCGAUGGGCGAAAUGUGCGGGAAUGGCGCGAGGCGCCGCGGGAGCGUGGAUGCAGACGAUUCGACGGGCGAAAUGCGCGGGAAUGGCGCGAGGCGCCGCGGGAGCGCGGAUGCAGACGAUUCGACGGGCGAAAUGCGCAGGGAUGGCGCGAGGCGCCGCGGUAGCGCGGAUGCAGACGGUUCAACGGGCGGAAUACGCGGGAAUGGCACGAGGCGCCGCGGGAGCGCGGACGCAGACGGGUUAGUGGGCGAAAUGCUAGAGAAUGGCGCGAGGCGCCGGGAGAGCAUGGAUGCAGAUUGCUCGCCAAGCAGGAUGCGCGGAAGUAACGCAAGGCGCGGCGAAGACAAGGAGGCUGAGCGCGCGCCAGAAGCUAGACGUGAGGAAGUGAUGAGGCGAGACGCGCAGGCGGGAGCGUAUGGCUUGCCUGAGCCAAGACGCGGACAUGAGCGCAGGAGGCGCAUGGCGCUGGGCGGAUGGCGAUCACCAGAGCAUGCGAGAAAAGGCGUGCGCUGCGCUCGCCUGCACGGCAGCGGAGGCACAAGGGGGAGGCACGUGGACGUGCGAAGGGAGCAAGUGAGUAAGGUAGGGGCAUGGGCGUGCAUGUUAGUAACGCCAGCAGCAGCGGAAGUAGAGGAGAAGGACGAGAAGGUGGGGGCAGGAGCGUGUGUACCAGCAACAGCGGAAGCAGAGGAAACGGAUGAGCAGGUUGAGGCAAGAGCAUGUGUACCAACAGCAGCGGAAGCGGAAGUGGUGGAUGAAGGGGUGGAGGCACGGGCAUGUGUGGUGGCAGCAGCGGAAGAGGAAGGGGAGGAAGAGAAGGUGGGGGCACAGGCGUGUGUAGCAGCAGCAGCAGAAGAGGAAGGGGAAGAAGCGAAGGUGAGGGCACAUGCGCGUGUAGUGGCAUCAGCGGUAGCAGAAGGGAAAGCCAAGAAAAAGGGGGCAUGGGCAUGCGCACCAGCAGCCGCAGAAGCAGAAGGAAAAGACGAGAAGGUGGGGGGACGGGCACGUGUACUAAAGGCAGAGAAGCAAGCGCAGGAAAGUGGGAUGGCGGAGCAGCAAGUGAGGAAGCUGCGGGAAGAACAUCUAGAGCUGAAGGGGGAAGAAAUGGGAAAAGAAGCCAUGAGAGGACCCGAGGCGGAUGUGAGGAGCAUAACAGCAGAGGUGGCAUGUAACCAGGGGCAAGGUGACCUAUGGAUAGCUGGAUGGGAAGGUCCAGUGAGGGACCCGGCCAAGAAGCAGGAAGAGGCAGAGAGGGAGAGCAAGGAAGAGGGGGCAUGGGAGUGCCUGACAGCAGGAGAAGGACUGGAGGAUACAGUGGGAGUCGCGAUGAGUAAGAAAGAACAAGAGGCCAUGAAGACAGUAAAGGGGAUUAAGGGAGAGACAUGGGAAGAUGAGUCGAUGGAGCCAGCAACAUAG